ACUACAGAAUUUCACGUUUGGUUACUCGAAUUUGUUUAUUCCAUUCAUAAUCACUUAAAUUAGUUGAACAGUUCAAGUUCGGUCACUCUUCGUUAACCUCCGUCAGACUCCGUUAGUGCCGUCAGUUAACUGCUGACGUGGCUAACAGAGAUGCCUAGUCACCCAAUUUUAACCCAAGAAAAAACAAAAAUUGACCCGCCACGUCAGAAAAACAUGCCACCUCAUAUAAACCCAACCCAACCCACCCAACCUAAAAAAAUCAUUAACCCACCCAGAAAUCAAACCCGUGACCCAUCCACCCUUCUUCUUCUUCCUCUAUACCCUGCUUCCGCCGCCGCAGGGGUGAUUUUCCCUCGAUCUCCCUGCUGCAGCCCCCGCCGCCGGAUCCAGAUUCGCGACCGAUUCCUUGCCCGGGGCUUCGUCCCCCACAAACCCAACCCCGACUUUCACGGGUUGCCCCGCAAACCCGAUGUGCCCACCUAUCAAUUUGAACACCAGGUAUGUUCGUCGACGAUUGCGACUAGAGAAAUGGAUAAAAUUACGAUGGCGAUUGCGACUAGAGAGAUUGAUAAACUUACGAGGAAGACCUUCGGCGCGGUGCCUAAUUUCUUCGCCGGCUUGCUCGGCCGGGGAGAGAAGGGGAGAAGGCGGAGAUCCAGCGGUGUGGGUUCUUCUUCCCCUUUGACGAAGCUCCACCCGAGAAUGUACUGCGCGCUGGUGACGGUGCUCGUCGACUACAAUUGCGCUCUAGAGGGAUUCGCUGCCCAUGUUGGUGGAAUUCAAAAUACUGUAAAUAGUGAAGCAGCAGCUGGAUGACAAUUGCGCUCCAGAGGGAAGUACUCUUCAAUUUUUAAGCCUUGUCUUGACUAAUGUCAUUUUACUGCCUACGACAGCCUUACCUACUGCGCUUCUCCCAAUCCUUUUUGUUUUUCCUGGAAUCUGGUUGGGCAGUAGCAAUAGCAGUCAUGGUCCUUGUAAUGGUCAAUGUCGAGCAGUGAAGAUCAGAACAAUAUCAAAUCCCUCCUCUCCUGACAUACAUCGAUUCGUUGAGGUAGGUGGAGAGACCAGAAGGAGUGGAGAUCAGGGUGUUGAGGUCGAGCCCGACGUGGUUGUCGUCGAUGUCCUGAAACUCGGGGAAUCGGUGGAGGAAUUGGGGUUGAAUUUGAAGGCCAGCCGUUUGUGGAAUUUGGGGCUAAUUUUCUUGAGAGAGAGGGAUGAAGAAGAAGUUGAAAGUCAAUAAGUGGUCAGGGUUCGA